AUGUGCGUUAAAUCAGUUAAGGAAUUAUUAAAGACGUGUCAAAUGUUAAGCUUAUGGUUUAUUGACCCUACCGUACAUACUAUUGUAAUCUUCACUUCGUCUGACAUUACAAAUACCUCCACAUCGAUAAAACGCCGUCAUUUUCGAUCGGCUUCUCGUGAAGUAACAUCAUCAUUGCCCAGAAAAAUGGAAAACUACGCGUUAUUUCGUGGUAUUCCUUCAAUUAGCAAGAAUUUUAUCAAUCGGGAAAAUGGUAUUGAAUUAACCUACAAAUUAUUAAUAAAGUUUAGUCAAGAAGAAACUGCUCAAGUUAUUGUAAACAGGAUAGUAGGGAGUGGUAAAUCUAUCGCCGUUAGCCAAGCUGUCCAACAACUUGUUAAUAAUGGUAAUCGCUACACGAAUGACAGCGUCUAUUGGAUUAAAAUAGAUAGUGAAGUCCUUGAAAACGAUAACGAAAAGAAAUCAGGAAGCGAUAUAGGAAAGGCAGUAGACGUCUUGAUUAUAUAUGCUGAGAGUAAAUGUUCGAAUAUUGCUAGCAAUAAUAAUAUCCAUUAUGCAGCGAACGCGUGCAAAUCAGUUAAAAACGGUUUUCUCGAAGCUGAAAAGAAUUUACAGCCAAUAAAUGAUAGUGGUAUCCAUUGUGAUUCUAUGGAUCAUAACUAUCGAAAUUUAUCGAAGCCCUGCAUUCAAGAAAUUGCUAAUAAAGAAAAUGGUUUCUAUCUAAUAAAUGGUAGAAAUUCCGCAGAACAUCUUACCUGCACAAAUACCAACAAUAGUACGAAUUAUAAUGAUCUUAGCAAUACAGACGAUGACAGUGCCCCGGAAGAUAGUAUCAACACAUAUUACGAUUGCGAUACUAUGAUGAGUAAUUUCAACAACCUUCCAGAUGGCAAUAAUGGAACAGAACAUCCUAUGCAAGAAAAUAGCAUUGAUGAAGUCAGAAAUAUCAGUACUCGCUAUAACCGUUCUAUUUCUGUUGAUCGUAGCAGUAGUAGCUGUUCGAAAUACUAUACUCUUCCUGGAAGACUUAAAGAUUAUAACACUAUGAGCAAAGCUUACUCGAAUCCUGCAAAUAGCAAUAACCUUCUAGAUGAUAUUCCACGAGAAAAUUGUAGUACCAAUGGCAACAAAGGUUUCAAUCAUAUAGAUAAUAACAGUUCCGUAAAAGAUCAAAACCUAGAAAAUCGAGUUAAUAAUAUCAUGGAUAGUAACUGCUUCAAUCCUAUAGAUGGUAGCAAUUCUUUAAAUGAUCAUUUACAGGAAAUCGAAACUGAUACCGAAAAUAAUAAUGUCUUCAAUCCUACAGAUAGUAGAAUUAAUCACUACCGUAUGAGCCUAAUUUUAGGCUUAUCUUCCCGAUAUUUACCUUAG